AUGUCAAGCAUAACAAAAGCUUGCUGUUCUUGCUGCCUCUUAGACGCAAUCUUUAUAUCUGAUUGUGGCCAGUUUAAAGCAUGCCCAAAGCAUUAUUUUUCUUAUAAAACUCAAGGGUAUAAGCUAAAACGAAUAAAAAUACCAAUCAACGAAGAAUCCAAAGAGAUUUUAUUCAAUUUUAUAGUCACGUUAAAGAAUGAAUUUAAUGCCCGAAAAGAAUAUUUAAUUGAAGAAAGCAUAAAUAACGAGGAUAAUAAAAAAUACAAGGAGAAACUAAAAUGAGCUUACUUACUUAAUUAGGUGGUUAGAGUCUAUUUUGUUAACUCGGUUGCCGAGGAUCCCACCAGGAAAUUCAUCCGCUUUGCGGUAACGUCUACUCCGAUCACCGUAAAGCGGGUUGCCUGGUUGUCGCCUCCUCCUUGCUACAACGCGGUAGCUCCAGUUUGAGUGGGCAGACUAUAGAUUCCAGGAACCAUGCUUCAGACUACAGUGACAAGGUUGCCUGCACAGAAAAUUCAAAAAAUGGAUUUCUAGCUGACUUUCGGCAAAAAGGAAAACUUGUCGGACAGGCCAUAAACCUGGUUUACUAUGGAAAAAUGCCCGAUGGGCAAUCCCUUUCCAACUUCCAAGCCUCCUCCCUUGAGGUAAAACCCAAGUUUGUAAAUGGGCAAGGGCUAGGCUCCGUGCACCUAGAAGUUUGCUUACCUAGCAUAGCUACCUAUUUCUAGCAUUUUAAAACCUUGCAGGAUAUAAUUAAAUAUGUGCCGAUUAUUGCAUGGCCUCUCAGCCAUGCUCAAGCUGAGACGUUAUAUUUAAUUACAUAAACUAAAAUGAGGCUUUUCAUGAUUGCAGCAUAAUCGUCAUGCAUCUGUUGAGGAAACAAUUUAUUUUAGCAAAAAUUAUUUUAAGUCCUUUUGAAUAUUUUUUAACUCAGCCAAAGGAAAAAGCACAGCAAUACACAAAGCAGAAUUGAAACCGGAAUGAUUUAUUAGAAUUUUGUCGAUCAUUUAAAGGACAUGUGUUUGAUUUCAAUUAUUUUAAAUUUGAAAAUCAAAAAUUUAUUCACGGCUGGACUUAUAAGUCUACUUACAAUCAGCACGAUCGCCUAUCAGAUUUCUUUGGUACAGUAUUUUUGGAUUUUAUUAAAAUAUCUGAAUAUGAGAUGGCAUAUGAAUUAUAUCGAAAUCUCAAAAGUUAUAAAGAAUUUUAUGAUAGCUCUUCAAUUCAAAAAAUUGAGCGUACUAUAGUUUUGUUUGGUAAAAUCCUCAAAAACAAGACUAAAAAUAAAAAAAUAGAUUCUCAGCUCAAUAAACAAUGAAAGCAAUUGCCGAAAACAUUAUCAAUCAAAAAUCCUCCUGAUAAAUCAGCCAAAAAUUUAGUUGAGAAUUCGUCUGAAAAUUUAGCAUUUUUUGCAUAUGCUAAUUUUUAAUGAAUAAAAAAUUUUUUAGUAAAAUAUUUUAUUUUUUAAUAUAAAAAAAGAUAAGUCUGACAGGUGAAAAGAUUUUUGCUCAUUAGAAUGAGGAUAUUUAGCUUUGAAUCAAUUGCUUUUUAUGAUGUCUAUAGAUACUAAUGUUUCUGAUUAUUUCCUUCGAAUUCUCAUGUUUGUGCAAGAAAACUAUUCUCAAUAUUAUUCUAAACAUGUUUCAAAUAGAAUUAACCAAGAGCUAGGAUUGCUCUAUUAUGGCGAUAAAAACUAUAGUGAAGCAAUAGAAUGUUUUAAUAAAUCGAUUAAAUAUCAUAAAAAGCGUCUCCAAAAAGACUCAUGGCAGAAUAAGGCGGGAAUCUGAGAUGACUCCUUAGAAUAUUUAAUUGAAGCCUAUCUUUGUUUGGCAAAAGCAUAUUGUGCCCUAAAAAAUAAUAAAGAGAUUAUAGAAAUUCUAAAACUAGUUGAAAUUGAAUGCUCAAGAACUAAAGAUAAAUUUCUUCCACAUGCAACAAUUGGAGAGAUUUAUUAUCUUCUGAAUGAUUUUGAUCAAGCUUAUAAAAAAAUAUGGAAAUGCAUUAAAAUAUCUAAAGAAAAAGAGUUUAUAAAUUCGUACGAAUUAUCAAAUUUAUUACUUUUAUUAGCAGAUAUUCACGUCUGAAGAGGUGAUUUUAAAAAAGCGCACCAAUCUCUUUAUAUUGCUGAAUCUUUCUUCAGCAUUUUACCUAUAGCAGAUCCAAGCGAGCAAGAAAUUUAUAAAGCAUUUGGAGUAUUCUAUUUAAAUAGACAGUGAUAUGAUGAUGCUCUAAUAUACUUUGAAAAAAUAACAAAUAGAUGAUCUAGUCAUGAGCUGUUAUUUGCUAAGUUUUCUAUGGGAAUUGCUUAUUUUUGAAAGCUGGAUUAUCAAAAAGCAUUGGAAUUUUUAAAUGAAGCAAAAGAAAUGAUGUCUGGUUUUACUGAAAGUUAUAAAAAUCAAUUAUUUAUUGCUAAUGCCUACAUUGGAGAAUUAUGCCAGUUUGGAGGCGAUUUAGAGAAUGCAGAUACAUACUUUAAGGAAGCUUUUGAACUUAUAGAUCACUAUGAUAUUUUUAAAAAUGAUAUUUAUUUGAAAUCCUCAAGCUUUGCUUUUAGCUAUUUUUAUAAAAAAUCUAGCUAUGAAAAAUGUGAAACUAUUUUGCAUAGAAUAAAUAAAAUAUUAGAAAAUAACGCCCAUCUUAAGUUUAGAAUGCCUUUAUAUUUUAUCCAAUUGGUGGAACUGUUUAUGGCUCGCAAUCAAAUGGAAAAAGCAGAAAAAUCCUUGAGGGAAGCUGAAAAUUUAUUGAAUGCAAACAAGAUUUUAUUUUCUGCUCAAAAAAACAUAAAAAUCAAUGACCUAGACUGUAUCAGUGACUAUAUUGAGCUUGCCCAAGUUUAUAUUAGUUUAUUCGAUGCUUUUGAUAAGGCAGAAAAAAUUUUAAAAUACUCUGAAGAGGUUGUCAACGCCAAGAGACUCAAUGAUCGAUUUUCAAAACUAUCUAUAUAUUACUGGCUUGGGGAUCUAUAUUUUAAACAGCAAAGAUGGGAAGAAUCAAGAAAUUAUAGUCAGUUAUCAUUAGAUUUGCAUAAAGAAUUUAACCAUAACUCAGACGCAGUGAGGGAUCUUAAUCAAAAAUUAAUUGCUAUUGACGAAAUAUUGGAAAUUUAUGGGUAG